UUUAUACACGUUUAAACACACACACACACACACACACACACACAAAGAAAAAGCUUUCUAUCAUUAUAUACGUUUUGUUGUUGUUUUUUAAUUGACGCCUACAUCCAACCAAACAGAAAUGACAGGAUAUCCGGGGAUACAAAUAUUGAUUACUUAAUCGUGGCAGUGGCACGCGGGGGUGACGUCACUGAGAGCCGGUGGUGAAGCUGAACAUGGCGGCUGUGAGGAUGUCCGCUGUCCGCUCUGCUGUGAUGCUUGCUGCGGUUCUGCUCGGGAUUUUCGCGGCUGGAAAAUGCACAGAACAAGUUCCCCUGCUGAUGUGGACCAGUAGUGGGUUUUCAUUGGCACCCCGGAGCGACCCGGCUGCAGGUCACACCGUAUCGGUGAGCGAGCUCCAGUCCUACCUGAACACGGCGUUCAGAUCUGCACCUCACAACGUCCUGCUGUUCUUUCAGGACAAGUUGAGUGUUGAUGACUUCACCAAGUACGCCGGUGUGUUCGGGAACAAACAGAGCAGUGCCUUCCCCAAUCUGGAGAUGAAUCUGCAGUCCUCCUCGUCUCUGCUCCUGCCGUCGGUGUCGUCCUCGGCCAGCGCCUCUCUCCCCACACUGCUGCAGGACGAGCUGAACACGGCGCCGCUCUACAUGGACCCGGAUACGCUGGCCCAGCUGAGACUCAAUGCCUCUCUUCCCGCUCUGCUUGUCUUCAACCUCCCCUACAGCUCCUCUGGGGCUGAUAUGAUGUCUGUUAAAGAAGUACUCGGUGGUAAUGACGAGGUGAUUGGUCAGGUGCUGAGAAUUAUGGGUAAUCAGCCUGUCCCUUACACAGCCAUCUACACUGCUCUCCGUCCCUCACGGGUGAUGGAGGAGGUGUUUCCGGAGGUGCGUUCUGUCGGAGCGCGCUCUCUGCUGCAGUACCGGCGUGAGGAUUCUCCUGCUCCCUACGCCCCUGUGGAGUUUAAAGAACGCGGUUCUACCUGCAUCCUGCUCUGGGCCAAGAACCUGACCGUGAGUGAAUUUCGCUCUGGAAAGUGGGAGAGACACAACCUCGGCCCUAAAACCUUCGGAGAGGGGGUUUCUCCUAAACUGGAGGGAUCCUUCUGUAACGCCACACACUCCAGGCUCGUCCUCAACUACGAAAACGUAUUAAGCUACCGUUCUUUCAAACUCAUCUUUGUGAUGAGUCAGAGGCACUACAGGGUUUCAGCACGGCACUGGUUCACCAUGGAUCGGGUCCAGCUGGAGUACGACGGCAAAACGGCUUCGUUUAACGGCAGCCGCAAAAUCUACGCUCCAGCCGAGUACUCGUACCGCUGUCACUCUGUCACCAGCUUCCGCUACCCACAGCUCACUCCUCGCUCGGCCAAGGACAACGCCAACGACUGGAGGGUCGCCUUCGACGACUUCCAGAUCCAGGGCUUUAAUGUGACGGGGACAGAGUUCUCUUACGCCAGCGACUGCGCCGGGUUCUUCACCCCGGGGAUCUGGAUGGGACUGCUCACCUCGGCACUCAUGGUUCUGCUCCUCACCUACGGCCUGCACAUGAUCAUGCAGCUGCACACCAUGGACCGCUUCGACGACCCCAAAGGCCCCGCCAUCUCCGUCCCACAGACCGAGUAACAAGCCCCGCCUCCUCUCCAUCCCACAGACCGGUAACAAGCCCCGCCUCCUCUCCAUUCCACAGACCAAGUAACAAGCCCCGCCUCCUCUCCAUCCCACAGACCAAGUAACAAGCCCCGCCUCCUCUCCAUCCCACAGACCAAGUAACAAGCCCCGCCUCCUCUCCAUCCCACAGACCAAGUAACAAGCCCCGCCUCCUCUCCGUCCCACAGACCGGUAACAAGCCCCGCCUCCUCCCCAUCCCACAGAGUAACAAGCCCUGCCUCCUCUCCAUCCCACAGAGUAACAAGCCACGCCUCCUCUCCGUCCCACAGACCGGUAACAAGCCCCACCUCCUCUCCGUCCCACAGAGUAACAAGCCCUGCCUCCUCUCCAUCCCACAGACCGGUAACCAGCCCUGCCCCCUCCUACCCACAAGCCCUGCCCACUACAUCCCACAGAGUAACAAGCUCCACCCCUCUCCAUAGACACUCUGUUUUCAUUUCUUCAGUGCAAUAUGAGUAAAUCGUUCCAUCUUUUAUUUUCCUCUCAACAAAUUUUGCUGUGUGUGUGUUGAGUGUUAUGCUUUCUGCUGUGAAUUUAAUUUCAGUGUUAACGUUAUGUUAAAGCGAAGAGACACUGAGGCGGUUUGCUCAAAACAUGUUCCUUUAUCCCCAAAUGUCAUCAGCGGAGACGUGUUCGUGUUCAGACGUGUUCGUGUUCAGACGCUGGUUUGUUUAGUCUAACA